GCCAGAUGGAGGAGAUGGAGGGGAGGGGUAACCCAUGCAUGUUCAGGAUUAUAUAGUGUGUGCGCACUGAGCGGCAGCAGCAACAGUUUCUCUGCAACACAAAGUUGGCUACACAGAAAAGUUUAAAUGGGAAAAUACAAACCCUGGCAGGUGUGCUGCUUCAUCUCGGCUGGUUUACUUUGCGCGGUUGCUCUGGUGUGUCUGUGCGUAGUCUCUCGGACAAAGGCGGACAAAGAGUGUCCGAGCGGCAGCUUCACGCGCGCUGCUGUGGCUGCAGACUCGCGACAGUGCUCCGAGAUUGGCAGUAACAUUCUACAGCAAGGUGGAUCAGCAGUAGAUGGCGCCAUUGCAGCUCUUCUGUGCACGUCUGUGAUCAAUCCACAGAGCAUGGGGAUUGGAGGAGGAUCUAUAUUCACCAUAAGAAACAAAAAAGGCAACGUUAAAGUGUACAACUUCAGAGAAACUGUCCCAAAGUCUAUCAAAACAAACCUGUUAGAUGACUGUCCCACCUCAUUCGGACUGACAACAGGCAGCCAGUGGAUCGGGGUUCCUGGAGAGCUGCGGGCCUACGAAGAAGUUCACAAAGAGUACGGGAAGCUGCCUUGGGCCAAGCUGUUUGAACCAACAAUCAAAUUGGCCAGAGAGGGCUUCCCUUUGCCGGCGUAUCUGGGAAAACUUCUGCAAUCCCCUAUUGUGAAAGGUCACGUGGAGAAAUCAUCUAUCUGUGACAUUUUCUGCAACAAAAACAGAACCGUUCUGCGCACAGGAGACAACCUCACGUUUCCUAAACUUGCAGAUACCAUGGAAACAAUUGCAAAGCAGGGGGCAAAGGCUUUUUACUCUGGCAAGAUAGGACAAGACUUAAUCCAAGACAUAGAGGCUGCAGGUGGGACUAUGACGAUAGAGGAUCUGGCGUCCUUCCAGGUGCGGGUGGAGGAUGCAUGGACAGUUUCUCUGGGAAGCACCAAGAUGCACCUCCCUCCACCUCCUUCUGGGGCCCCCCUGCUGGCCUUCAUACUCAAACUCAUGCAAGGGUUUCCCUUCAAUCAAAACUCCCUGAAUGUUGACCAGAAGAUUCAGAUGUACCAUCGCUACAUAGAAGCAGCUAAAUUUGCUAAUGGACAAAAGAGGAACAUCAACGAUCCCUAUUUUAAUGACAAAAAGAGUGCAGUUCAUUUGAUCCAAGACUCCUUCAUCAAUAGCAUCAAUGACCGGAUUUUUUCCAACCUGACCCAUGACAACUCAUACUACAACAAUACCAAGCCGUCCCGGGAUAAUGUCGGGACGACACACGUUUCUGUCCUGGAUGAAGAAGGACUGGCUGUCUCUGCCACCAGCACCAUAAACCAAGUUUUUGGAGGAGGUGUUUACUCUCCGCGAACAGGCAUCAUCCUGAACAAUGAGCUGUUGGACUUCUGUCGCAGAGCGGACACAGUGAGGGCAGGUGAACAGCCUCCUUCCUCAAUGACUCCGGUAAUACUGGAGUCAAAGUCUGGAGGACUUUUUGUGAUUGGUGGAUCGGGAGGAAGCUUGAUAACCUCAGCAGUGGCCUUGUCUAUGAUAAACCACCUGUGGCUGGGGAUGAAUCUGAAAGACGCCAUUGCUGCGCCUAUAGUGUUUGUCGAUUCCAAUAAUAAAGUGAAUUUUGAGCCCGGUUUUAACAAGUCAGUGAUAGAGCGCCUCACCACUCUUGGACACAAAUCUGGGAACUGGAAAUUCUUCCUAAAUGUAGUCAAUGCUCUGGAAAAAGAUAAUGGAUGUAUUACUGCUGUAUCAGACCUCAGGAAGGACGGGAGGUCAGCAGGAUACUGACCAAAGAAGACCAUGAAGAAGCACCUUCCUGUAAAUAUCUGCACUAAAGAUUGACUCAACCUUUAGGUCACCUAUUAUGCAAAAUCCACUUUUUCAUGUCUCUUCUACAUCAACAUGUGUCCCCUGUGUGUAAAAUGAUUCUGAAAGUUUCAGGAAAAAAGAUUCGCUCACUUUUUGUCCUGAUCCAUUUAUAUAAAAACCUGUCUGAAAAUGAGCUGAUCAGAUUUUGGCCACUUUAUGAUGUUAUAACGAUUUUUUGGCUUGCGAGACGUGUGAAAGAUUGUAAGCAGAUGUGGUGAAAUAUGUUUGCUCCUCAUUUACCUCAAUCUAUCACAAUCACUCCUUUUUCUAAUGCCUUGUUUACUGUGCAAGUAAGGUAACACGGGGUGAGUUAAUGGGCAUUUUAGAGGUGAAGUAUUCCUUUAAAAACAAAAAUGUGCCUUCAACAAAAUGUGAUCCCUUUAACCCUUGGUGCUCAGGCUCUUCAGUGAUGACCUACAUCAUCAAUCAAGAAACUAUUAAUGAUGUCACUGGUGUCGCCAUUGUCAUACUACUUAAAAGAGGCUCUAUUAUGCUUCUCUGUUUUUUCCCUUCCUGGUGUGUGUUAUAGAUUUGUGUUCAUGUAAAUGGUCUGCAAAGGCUACACAUCCAAAUGUCCCUUUCCAGAGGCAGUUUCUCUCUCACACGCUGACAAUGAGCAUAAUAUAUCCUCUUUAAAUGACGUGGACUGACAUAAUACACCAUGAUUCCUCGUACGUGUAUUACCUGGUAAUAAACCUGUUUCUGAUUCUGAUUUUGAUGAACUGCUGAUAUACUGCUGAGAUCUGCUAUAAAGCUCUGUGGGAUUAAACAGUAUAUUGCAGCAGCAGUCCAUAAAGGCAACUGUGUUCAAAAGAAAAGUAUUUAUAAAAAUGUUUAGAGAACCAAUUAUCAGAGAAUGUUUUAUUUCCUCACUGAAUUUUGUAGGAUUUUUUAUUGAGCCAUGGAAUCCUUUUUACAUGUAAGUGACUUCUGACUUACUGUGACCUUAAAAAUGUGAGACUGUAUGUGAAACAACAUUAUUUCCUGCGCAUAUUGUGACCUUUUUUUAAAGCGAAUAAAAUGCUGUAGAAUUUCAUUAAACACAAUAUAUAUAUAUAUAUAUAUA